UCCCCUCCCAAUCAUGUGAUUCAGAUGUUCCAAUCCCCUCCAAAUCAUGUGAUUCAGGUGUUCCAAUCCCCUCCAAAUCAUGUGAUUCGGGUGUUCCAAUCCCCUCCAAAUCAUGUGAUUCGGGUGUUCCAAUCCCCUCCCAAUCAUGUGACUCGGGUGUUCCAAUCCCCUCCCAAUCAUAUGAUUCAGGUGUUCCAAUACCCUCCCGAUCAUGUGAUUCAGGUGUUCCAAUCCCCUCCAUAUCAUGUGAUUCAGGUGUUCCAAUCCCCUCCAAAUCAUGUGAUUCAGGUGUUCCAAUCCCCUCCAUAUCAUGUGAUUCAGGUGUUCCAAACCCCUCCAAUCAUGUGAUUCAGGUGUACCAAUCCCCUCCAAAUCAUGUGAUUCGGGUGUUCCAAUCCCCUCCAAAUCAUGUGAUUCGGGUGUUCCAAUCCCCUCCAAAUCAUGUGAUUCGGGUGUUCCAAUCCCCUCCAAAUCAUGUGAUUCGGGUGUUCCAAUCCCCUCUCAAUCAUGUGAUUCGGGUGUUCCAAUCCCCUCCCAAUCAU